GGUCCGGUGUGCCUCAUGCCCCUCGGACUGGCGAGCACGUUGCCUCUGGGCAACGGUCGCGUUUUGUGUUCAUUUAAAUUAAACAGCACUGUCCGCGCCCUAGUCAAGCUCUACGACGAUGUUGCUGAAUUUAAUUUCCUCAUCGAAUACUUGAAGCUUCUUCAGUCCGUCACCAAUGACCGUCACCUGCGUAUCAACGAAAAAUCCUCCUCUGGAAAACCAAGCAAUGCACUGAAUACCAACGUAUUCCGGACGGUGGUACGGGAAGUGUACAACCAAAGGUCCGUCAGUGUUCCAUCCAGAAUCCUCCCGAAUUCAGACAGCAGUUUAUCCGAGAAUACCAGUCUUAUUUCAGAGCCCUCGGAAUUUUCCAAAAGCCCAUGGGAGGCUCUGUGCGAACAGCAACAGGCGAAAAGCUGGCACUCAACGCCCAGUCUUGUCUGCGAAGAGGAAUUUCCCGAAUCCACGGUGGGACAAACGUAUGAUAUCUAUGGACCGUCCCCCUACGAAAUCAACACCUUGAAUUUCUGUGAAAAUGAAGCAGUUUGCCACCAGCCACCAGUCUUGAUGGUCUGUAACAUUAGUUCUCUGGAAGGACUGGGCGAAGAAGUUGUUGCCAACGAAUGUUUCCUAAUUUACGAGUCUUUGCGUUCACUCAGAUGUACCGAGGCGAAGUUAGUGAGCGGUUGUCAGGUCGAGGUUGUUCGGACGAGGAUAUCGCCCAGUCUGUUUUCGAACGUUGGGCAGAAUGAAUCUCACAACUCCAUGCUUCGUCCGCCCGGACAUCGAGGCAGUUUAAGUAUUCUAGAGCAAAGACUGUGCUUGAAGGAUCUCAUGAGCAUUGCUACACGCGUUAAGCUUCAUAACGGAGAAACUGCCUGCGAAGUGCCUUUACCUUCUGCUUCCAUGCGAUUCGUAAUAAAACCAACGGAUAUUAGAAAGGUAAGAGCAGUAUUCUUCCUGUUCGAUAUACAUGAGUACUGGAGAAGUAUUGACUAA